CAGGAGAUGCUUCACCAGGCGAAGCUGGAGAAGGGCAGCAACGCCAGGAACAGGGUCAUCCCCGAGGGAGAGGACAUCUAUGACCGCUGUCUGACCCAGGCUGAAAUCCAGGGGAACAUCAACAAAGUGAACGCACACGGAGCCCUGGAGGAGGUGGACGAUGCCCUGGAGACACAGGACGCGCCGGCGCUGUACCGCGCGCUGCAGGACCCCGUCCUGGCCCUGCGCUGCCUCCGGCGCGACAACCUCGCCCGCUACAUGGAGCAGCUCAGCGCGGACCGGGAGCAGAAGGCGCUGGGCGAGCUGGUGCAGGAGGAGCUGUUCGUGGCUGUGGAGAUGCUUUCGGCCGUGGCGCUGGUGAACCGAGCCUUGGACGCCGGGGAUGGCAACGGGCUCUGGAGCAGCCUGGUCAGCUCUGCCCUGGGGCUCGCGGGCGUCGCGGACGGGGGCGUCGAGGACGGGAACGCGCUGCGGUAUUUUGAGGACCUCACGCGGCUGAAAGGCCGAUCUAGGGAAGUGGGAACCGAGUUCCUGAGCUGGAACGACAUCCAGGACAGCGUGAGCAGCACCAAUUCAUCAGUGCAAGAUGAGAACGACCGUCGCGGUAGCUGGUCGUCUCUUUCUCGUGCCCAGGCUUGCUGGAGAGGGUACAAGCAGCGCAGAGCUUACCUGGAGAGGCUGCGCUACCUGCGAGCCAACGCGGAUGCUGCGAUCAAGAUCCAGGCGAGCGUGAGGAUGUGGCAGGCUCGGAGGAAGUACCGGGAGAGGCUGCGCUACUUCAGGCAGAACGUGAGUGCUGUAAUUAAGAUCCAGGCUUUCGUGCGAGCUAACAAGGCACGUGGGGAUUACAGGAUGCUGGUCCACGCCAGGAGCCCGCCGCUGAGCAUCGUCCGGCGCUUCGUCCACUUGCUGGAGCAGAGCCAGCACGACUUCUGGGAGGAGUCGGAGGUGCUGCGGCUGCAGGAGGAGGUGGUGAAGAGGAUCCGUGCCAACCGGCAGCUGGAGAGCGACCUGGACCUCAUGGACAUCAAGAUCGGGCUGCUGGUCAAGAACAGGAUCACGUUGCAGGAGGUCGUUUCCCACUGCAAGAAGCUGACCAAGAAGAACAAGGAGCAGCUCUCGGAGAUGAUGUCCAUAGACAAGCAGAAGGGGCUCAAGUCGCUCAGCAAGGAGAAACGGCAGAAGCUGGAGGCCUACCAGCAUCUCUUCUACCUGCUGCAGACCCAGCCUGUGUACUUGGCCAGGCUGAUCUUCCAGAUGCCCCAGAACAAGUCCACCAAGUUCAUGGAGUCUGUGAUCUUUACACUUUACAACUAUGCGUCCAACCCACGGGAGGCUUACCUGCUGCUCCAGCUCUUCAAAGCAGCGCUGCAGGAGGAGGUCAGGUCCAAGGUGGAUCACGUCCAUGACAUCCUGACGGGGAACGCCACGGUGAUCCGGCUGGUGGUCAGCUUCUACCGCAAUGCACGUGGGCAGAACGCCCUGCGGCAGAUCCUGGGUGGCCCGGUGCAGGAGGUCCUGCAGGACAAGACCCUCAGCAUCCGCACCAACCCUGUGGACAUCUACAAGGCAUGGAUCAACCAGACCGAGUCGCAGAGCGGGCAGAAAAGUAAGCUCCCGUAUGAGGUCAGCCCUGAGCAGGCUCUCAGCCACCCCGAGGUCCAAAGGCGGCUGGAUAUUUCUAUCCGCAACCUCCUCGCGAUGACAGACAAGUUCGUCUCUGCCAUCACCUCUUCUGUAGACAAGAUCCCCUAUGGGAUGCGCUACGUGGCCAAAAUCCUGAGGACAUCCUUGGCUGAGAAAUUCCCAAAGGCCUCGGUGGAGGAGAUCGACAAGAUCGUGGGGAAUCUGCUCUACUACCGCUUCAUGAACCCAGCGGUGGUGGCCCCUGACGGUUUUGACAUCGUGGACAUCUCGGCUGGGGUGACCCUGCAUCCCGACCACCGCCGCAGCCUGGGCUCCAUCGCCAAAGUGCUGCAGCACGCAGCCGCCCGCAAGGCCUUUGAUGGGGAGAAUGCGCAUCUCUGCGGAGUGAACCAGUACCUGGAGGAGACCCACAACAAGUUCAGGAGGUUCAUCUCUGCUGCCUGCUGCGUCCCUGAGCCUGAAGAGAGGUUUAAUGUGGACGAGUACUCGGAGAUGGUGGCGGUGGCCAAACCGGUCAUCUACAUCAUGGUGGGGGAGCUCAUCGACACGCAUAAGCUCUUGCUCGAGCACCAAGACUCCAUCGCACCGCACCAUGGAGACCCUCUGCAUGAGCUUCUGGAAGAUCUUGAUGAACUUCCUACGGUCCAGUCCCUUGUUGGGGAGAGCGUUGCCAGCCCGGCAGACAGCAGUCCCGAGCAGAUGCUCUCCCAGCUCAGCAAAAUGGAGAUCUCCCUCACCCUCACCAGUAAGCUGGUGCCGGCGGCCAGCAGUGAGGAGAACGACACAAGGAGCUUGAUGCUGAGCACCAAGCAGAUGCUGGUGGACGUGAUCCAGUCCCAGGCAGGAGAUUCUCUCCCGGAGAUCCUGUGGACCCUGGCCUCGGAGCAUGAGGAAGCCUCCCAUGACCACCUCAUGCACCGGCGAGCGCUGCGGGACGCCCAGACCCCGGCCAAGCUGAAACGCAACCGCUCCCUGGCUGCCAACAGCCAGCUGUCCAUGGAGGAGAAGAAGCGCAAGAUCAUCCGCAACCUGCGGCGCUUGGAGAGCCUGGGGCUCGUGGACUCUGCCCAUCAGUACCAGGAGCUCGUCAACGAGCUGGCCAAGGACAUCCGCAACCAGAGGCGUUACCGGCAGCACCGCAAAGGGGAGCUCCUGAAGCUCCGACAGACCCUGCAGGGCCUCAACGCCAAGACCUUGUUUUACGAGGAGCAGAUUGAUUAUUACAACCAGUACAUCAAGACCUGCCUCGACAACCUGGCAGCCAGCAACAAACAAGCUCCGAGCGUGUGGGCGCUUCUCUUCAAGGGGCAGCGGGAAGAACAAGGGCACUACACGGCGGCCCGGCUGUUGGAGAAGGGCGUGCUGCUGGAGAUCGAGGACUUGCCGCUCAGCCAGUUCAGGAACGUGAUUUUUGACAUCGUCCCCUGCGAGGAAUCGGGCAGGUUCCAGGUGAAAGCCAAGUUCAUGGGGGUCGACAUGGAGCGGUUCCAGCUGCACUACCAGGACCUCCUGCAGCUGCAAUACGAGGGCGUAGCCGUCAUGAAGAUGUUCGACAAGGCCAAAGUCAACGUCAACCUGCUCAUUUUCCUCCUCAACAAGAAGUUCUUCAAGAAGUAA